CACUGGUGUCAAUAUCGACUUCACUAGACACUGAGGCAACGACAACCGCAAUGUUGACAGAGGCAUCCCAAGAAACAACUGAAGCAACAGCUGCUAAUAAAACCGUUACCGAUGCAGCUGUAUCACCUACAACUGAGGUCAACGCUGCAACCCCUUCUGAGCUAGUUACAACUGGCGUUACUGCUGCAACCCCUUCUGAGUUAGUUACAACUGACGUUACUGCUGCGGCCACCACUGGAGCAGUUACAACUGACGCUACCACUGUAGCUACCAACGGACCAGUUACAACUGACCUUACUCUUGUGGCUUACUCUGGACCGGUUACAACUGACGUUGCCCCUGCAGCUACUGUCGCACAAGUUACAACAGACGCUAGUACUGAAGGUAACGCCGAAUCGGUUACAACUGACGCUAAUACUGUAGCUACCACUGAUCCAGUCACAACUGACGCCGUAACUGCAGCUAUCACUGAAUCGGUUUCUUCUGUAGCCUCUACAGCAGCUAACACCGGUUCAGAUACACCUGACAUUUCUACCGUAACUACCACUGCAGCAUUUACAACCGACGCCACUGCUGUCGCAACCAGUGGAUCGGUUUCUUCUGAAGCUACUACUGCAGCAACGACUGGAACAGUUGCAACAGAUGCUACUACGGCUGCUACCACAGGACCAGUUACAGCUGGCGCCACUACUGCAGCUCCCACUGGACCAGUUACAACCGACGCUACUAUUGCAACUACCACUGGAUCCGUUACAACAGACGCUACUACUGUAGCUACCACUGGAUCAGUUACAAGUGAUCUUACUAUUCUAGCUACCGCCGGAUCAGAUAUAGCUGACACUACUACUAUCGCUAUCACUGGAUCGGGUACAGCUGAUGCUACUUCUGUAUCGGCCACUGAACCAGUUACAACUGACGCUACUCUUCUAGCUUCCACCGCAUCUGUCACCUCUGACGAUAAUGCUGCAGCUACCAUUGGAUCGGUUACUACUGAUGACACUAAUAUACUAACCGCUGGACUAGUUACGACUGCCUCUGCUUCCAUACCUACGUCUAGCCAAGUUACAACUGACGCUACCUCUGGAGCUACCACUGGAGCAGUUACAACUGACGUCACUAUUGCCACUACCAUUGGACUAGUUACAACCGGCGAUACUGCCGUCAGUACCACUGGAUCGGCAUCUACUGAUGCUACCACUGUAGCUACUUCUGGACCAAUCAUAACUGACGCCACUAUUACAUCAACCAGUGGACCAGUCACAACUGAUGCUUCUACUGUAGCAUCAACGGGACCAGCUAUAACUGACGCUACCACUGUAACUACCACUGGAGCAGUUACAACUGACGCUAUUACAACUGACAAUGAUGCAGUUGGUAACACUGGAUCGGCAUCUACUGACGCUGCCACUGUAGCUACUACUGGACCAAUCAUAACUGACGCCACUAUUAUAUCAACCAGUGGACCAGUCACAACUGAUGCUACUACUGCAGCAUCAACGGGACCAGCUAUAACUGACGCUACCACUGUAACUACCACUGGAGCAGUUACAACUGACGCUAUUACAACUGACAAUAAUGCAGCCAGCUACAACUGA